AUGGAAGCCAUAUCAAAAGGAAAGAGUGAUCUCAUCCUGGCCUCCGUCCUCCGUAUGGAGAGAUUUCUGAAACAGAUGGACUCCAAAAUAAACGGACCUGGCCAAUUUUCUACCUGCCGGCCCCCCAACGGGGGGAUCGGAGAGAUCGGAGAGGUUGCAUCCCCGAUGGGCCCUUACUCGAUGACCUCCGGGGGCGGCGGCCUUCGCGGCAAUCUCGAAUUUCCUCUUCAUAACUGGCUACACAAUGUGCAAAACGCAAGCAUCUCUCGCUUGCAUACGUCAACGGCAGAAUCCAUCCUCGAAUGGCCUCAUUUCGACGCCUACGCCGCCCUCCGCCCCCGAACAUCAGUUUCGAUUUUCAACCUGGAGCAAGCCCGGACGCCGCUAGGGGCCAGUUGGCAGCUCCCCAUGUUGCCCUUCGCCAGCGCCAGCGAUAUCGACAGCAUCAUUCAAACAUUCCAACAGAACAUCAACUUCUGGUACCCGACCAUGGCCAUCAGCGUUCUGGAUCCGCUCCGCGAGAAAAUUUCAACCGGCGAUCUCGGCAACGAUUGUGACUCAUGUCUUGCUCUUCUCCUGAUGGCUCUUGGAUGUGCCUGUCAGUCAACCGCAUCGGCCUUGGAUCACGAUGGAGAAGUGGCACGUCCAAAUCUACCACCGGAGAGGAAGAUGAUGGGUGAUAUGUACUUCAACUGUGUCAUGAACAGGAUGCACGUCGCUUACCAAGAAGUCAGUCGAUCCGCUCUGCAGUGCCUACUAUUCACCGCAUUUUACUACGCAUUCUCGCAAAGGCCCUUACAAGCGUGGUCCUUUGUCAACAUGGCUGCUACAAAAUGCCGGGUUCUCUUAUCCUACGAGCCGAUAGGCGCGACGUCCGACGAUCGAGAAUGUAUCCGCCGCGUGUUCUGGUCCUGCUUCAUUUUGGAAAGCGACUACCUCGCCGAGCUGUCCGCCCUGCCCCUUUCUGGCAUCUCCGACAUGGAAUCCUCAGUACCCCUCCCCGCACAGUGCCACACGCACGCCAACACCAUCGAUGAAGAGCGCUCUGCCCUCUAUUUCCUCGCCUGCCUGUCCAUCCGUCGGCUCCUGAACCGAGUACACCACUUACUGUACAGCAAAGACACCGGCGCCUCCCUCGACGACCACCGCUUCCCGAACAUGGUGGCGGAGCUCGAUCAUCAGCUCGAAGAAUGGCGGGAGCUCCUCCCGCCGGCGUUCCAAUUCACGCUAGACACCUCCCCAUCACCCAAUCAGCAGGCGGGCUUCCUCCGUCAGAGAUACUUAACGUGCCGGAGUGUAAUCUACCGUCCGUAUCUCAUGUGGAUGCUAGCCGCCCCCCGCUGGGUGGACCAGAGCGUCUGUGAGUUGUGCAAGAAAUGUCUGGACGCGUGUAUCGAGCACAUUCUCAACUUGCGGAGCUUUUUGCACACGGUUUUCGUGGAUACCUGGAUUUGUUCCUUGUCUAUGGCCGCCGCUAUGCUCAUACUCCUCGCAGGCUAUCGGGUGCCUGGUGUGAAAGCGCAUAUUCGCCCGGAGGCGACAAUUUUAGGACAACACCUCAAAAGCCUCUUGACGAGAUGGAUCACCAUCACCGGCGAGAGCCCGUCGCCGAGCGUACAGCAGGCAAUUCAAUGGAUUGAGAUUGCCGACGAGUUGAUUAGAAAUGAGGCUGGCAGGAGCGAUAUUGGGAGGCGAGAGUGCUGA